CACGUCGCAGUUGUCUCGGCACAGCGGAUGUGUGUCGCCGCUUAGGUGACGCUGGGAAGUGCUUGCAGCCCCCGCCGCUGCCUCUUGGUUGGAGCACUAUGGAGGGAGAGAGGAAGAACAACAACAAACGGUGGUAUUUCACUCGGGAGCAGCUGGAAAACAGCCCCUCGCGUCGCUUCGGCGUGGACUCCGAUAAAGAACUCUCUUACCGCCAGCAGGCGGCCAACCUCCUCCAGGACAUGGGACAACGUCUUAACGUCUCACAACUGACGAUCAACACUGCUAUAGUGUACAUGCACCGCUUCUACAUGAUCCAGUCUUUUACACAGUUCCAUCGAUAUUCUAUGGCUCCAGCAGCCUUGUUUCUAGCAGCGAAAGUGGAAGAACAGCCAAAAAAACUGGAACAUGUCAUCAAGGUAGCUCAUACUUGCCUCCAUCCCCAGGAGUCACUUCCUGACACAAGGAGUGAGGCCUACCUACAACAAGUUCAAGACCUGGUGAUUUUAGAGAGUAUCAUUUUGCAGACCCUAGGGUUUGAAUUAACAAUUGAUCACCCACAUACACAUGUGGUAAAGUGCACCCAGCUUGUUCGAGCAAGCAAGGACUUAGCACAGACAUCUUACUUCAUGGCAACCAACAGCCUGCAUUUGACCACAUUUAGCCUGCAGUACACACCUCCUGUGGUGGCCUGUGUCUGCAUCCAUCUGGCUUGCAAGUGGUCCAACUGGGAGAUCCCAGUCUCAACUGACGGGAAGCACUGGUGGGAGUAUGUUGACGCCACUGUGACCUUGGAACUUUUAGAUGAAUUGACACAUGAAUUUCUGCAGAUUCUGGAGAAAACUCCAAGCAGGCUGAAACGCAUUAGAAACUGGAGGGCAUACCAGGCUGCCAUGAAAACUAAACCAGAUGACCGAGGAGCAGAUGAAAACACAUCGGAGCAGACAAUCCUCAAUAUGAUUUCUCAGACCUCCUCAGAUACAACUAUCGCAGGCUUAAUGAGCAUGUCGACUACUUCUACUACAAGUGCAGUGCCUUCCCUUCCUGUCUCUGAAGAGUCAUCAUCAGGCAGUCUAACUAACGUGGAUAUGCUGCCGGGCGAGCGAUGGCUGUCUGCCCAACCUCCUUUUAAACUCGAAUCUUCUCAGGGUCAUCGGACUAGUGAGAAUUUAGCACUUAUUGGAGUUGAUCAUUCCUUGCAACAUGAUGGCUCGAAUGCAUUUGUUUCCCAGAAGCAGACUAGUAAGAGCGUGCCAUCAGCUAAAGUUUCACUUAAAGAAUACCGUGCAAAGCACGCUGAGGAGUUGGCUGCUCAGAAGAGGCAGCUGGAGAAUAUGGAGGCCAAUGUGAAGUCACAGUAUGCAUAUGCUGCCCAGAAUCUCCUGUCACACCAUGACAGCCAUUCUUCGGUCAUCCUGAAGAUGCCCAUUGAGGGCUCAGAGAACCCUGAACGUCCUUUUCUGGAAAAGGCUGACAAAUCAGCUCUGAAAAUGAGACUCCCGGUGGCUAGUGGAGACAAAGCAGCCUCCUCCAAACCAGAGGAGGUAAAGAUGCGCAUUAAAGUCCACUCUGCAGCUGAUAAGCACAAUUCCGCAGAAGACAGUAUCACCAAGAGCCGGGAACACAAAGAAAAGCACAAGGCUCACCUGUCCAAUCAUCACCACCAUCACAAUCACCAUUCACACAAGCACGCUCACUUACAGCUGCCCGUUGGUACUGUGAGCAAACGUCCAGGUGACCCAAAACACAGCAGCCAGACCAGCACCUCAGUACACAAAGCCUAUAGCGUGUCUAGUACUUUGUCUUCUUCGAGCUCUGCUCGUAAAAGGGGUGCCCCGGAAGAGACGGGGGCAGCAGUGUUUGAUCAUUCAGCCAAGAUUGCCAAGAGUACUAAAUCCUCUUCCUUGAAUUUCCCCUUCCCUCCUCUUCCUCCAAUGACCCAGUUGCCUGGGCAUAGCUCAGACACAAGUGGCCUGCCCUUCUCACAGCCUAGCUGUAAAACUCGAGUUCCUCAUAUGAAACUGGACAAAGGCCCUCCUGGGGCUAACGGUCACAACACAGCUCAGUCAAUAGACUAUCAAGACACUGUGAAUAUGCUCCACUCCCUGCUCAGUGCCCAAGGUGUUCAGCCCACUCAGCCCCCUGCAUUUGAGUUUGUUCAUUCUUACGGUGAAUAUAUGAAUCCACGAGCUGGUGGGAUCUCCUCCAGAUCUGGCAAUACAGACAAACCUCGACCACCACCCCUACCAUCAGAACCGCCUCCACCACUUCCCCCUCUUCCUAAGUGAGAACAACAUGAGGCGAAAACUUAAAAAACAAACACCUUUUGUUUUGGGGUUUUGUUUUGUUUUUGUUUUGACUACUGAUACUGGACUACGAAAAUUACAUCCCUUAUGAAAUAUGUCACCCUUGGACUAAGGAAUAAAUUGAUAUUGAGACAGGUGGGAGGGUGGUGGAGGGCCUCAGUUAUUAUAUCUGCUGCCUCAUACAUCUAUUUUCUUAUAGUUUGUACUGGUAUCAGAGAGGUAGGAUUAUGUUGAAGCUGUGAAGGAUUAAGAACACUCUGUUCUUGGCCUCUCCUCAUCCUGAUGGGGUUGAUUGGAGUAGUUAUCUUCCCUCUUCUUGCCGGAACUGAAACAUGGGGGGUAAUCAAGCAAUUGUGUUUAACGUAUCAGAAGAGAGGAAGUAUUUAAACGUCAGAUCUUUAAGAGACUUUUAAAAAGUAAUUUAAAGAAAAUGGAGGUGGGACUGAGGAAGAAACUUAGAGAGCAAGGCCGGCUUCUGCCCUACAGAAUUGGGCCUUUUCAGGUUGGGCUUUGGGAAAGCUCAGGUCUCUGAAGGAAAGAAAGGUGUGCUUCACAUGUCCUGUCUGUCGGGGACCAGACCAUGUGUGGUGAUAGGUUUGGGAGAAGCCAUUGAGUUAUGAUACUAAAGACAAUGAAAUUGUGAUUUGGGAUUCUAAGACUUCGCAUUUUAAGUUACAUUAUGAAUGUAAUUCUUGCUUUUUAUAUGUAUAUCUAAUGGGAAACAACUGCAUACUUGUGAUCGCAGCCUGUAUGACUUCAGAGACAGUGGGAAUUUAACAGCACUGGUGUAAUGAGUGAGCAAGCCUAGCCAACAGACACUUGUGUUUAGAUUGUUUCUUUUGGGUGGCUUUUGAUGCUAGACAGAGAUUCUUAAGAGUCCUGUUUUAAAAAAAAGUGGAUCAGGAAUCCUGUUAUGGGGCUUGAUUAUUCCAGAUGUUAGGGAAUAUUUUUGAUGAAGGAAAUCUUUGAAGAGAUAAUGGCUAGAAAAAAAAUUCAAAGCCAAGCUAUCUAACUGAAAAUGCUACCUAGCCACAGAUCAUUGCUAUUCUUUGGUUCAUUGCUUGAAAAAAAAAAAUAUAUAUAUAUAUAGAUAUAUAGAUAUAUGCACACACAUGCAUAUGUGUGUGUACAUUUUUUUGCUAUGGAAAAGAUGGUGCUAUGAAAAUAAUUUGUCUCUUGUUUUAAUUAGUGAAGCUUUUGUCAUGCCAAGUAGUCUUUAGGGGGAGGUCAGAUUCUUUUCAUUGAAAGUCAUAGGGAAACAGAAGUUGUACAGGUGCUGCUUGCCAAGAACAGACUAGGAAAACACUGAGGCAGUUACUUUUGAUGUAAUGGCCUAGUAGAGGAGAAUGUAUAGGAAGAAUAUAUCUUAGGGUGACUUUGUGGUUAUUAAUCUGCAUGUUUGAAUUGUCCGGAGUGCCUGCCUUUGCUGUGUAAAACAAGGAGCUCCUUGCUCAUCUAUAAGCCAGUGAUAUUUCUUGGUAUGCAAAUUUUCAAGUGACAUUUUCUUUCUUCUUGGUAUUUCCUGUGUUGUGCAAGAUAGAUGUGUCAUCAUGAUUACUAAAUGUAGACUUGGUAUUUGUUUAGACUUUGUUUCCCAUCCUGUCCUUCCCAAAAGGGAAUGUGCCGUUUAGUUUGCAUCUGUAUCUGUGAGAUUGACAAUAAGUGAUUUGGGGAAAUGUUCUGGCUUUUAAUUACUCUCAUUAAUGUCACAUAUUUUCUAAUCACAUGCACUCCCUUACCACAAAGACUGUCGUAUUUGCCGUUGUAGCAGUUCUUCAUGGUAAUACUGUAGUUAAAUUUCUUAGGACUCUGUCAGUAGUGAACUAGAAAAAAAGUGCUUACUAGAGUCUAAAGAGCUACUUGAUGCUGUAGUCUGGUCUUUCUACUGUAGAUCAACACUGAAUUUGGUUACUUUAUAGACUUUUCCUGUAUUACUUCCUUCUGGUUUUGUCUCCAGAUAGCUACAAUAUCUGUUUUUAGGUCUGUGUAUAGUUUCUGAACCUCCUCAUGGGCUCUGCAUGAACUGCUGCAUUGUUUUUGGGUUAGCAGAUAUACCUGCCAGCUAGCAUGCAUAUUGUGCAGUUUCUGUAUAAAUAAGGCUUCUAAGCCAUGUGUGUCUCUCCCACCUUCAGACCUUCAAAGGUUGAGAAGUAGUAUUUGUAUAUCUAAAGUCAGCCUUGUAAACUGGCUCUUUGUUUUUUCUUUUGAUCUAAACUGUCAAGAAGAAGUGACAGUGGUAAGCAGGCUUGGAGCCUCAACUUCUGUAAAUCUCAUGCCUAGAAUUUGCUUGACUCUUAUGUUCGCAGAAAUAAAUACCUGUGGAUUGUCUUUAGGGCUUUUAAUCAUACCUGUGUUGUUGGCUAAACUCUGGUGAAUCAUUAACCUAAAACCAGUGUGGUCUUCUGAAGUAUCCAGUUAUGCCUUUGGGUUUAGAAAAAUACCUAAAUACUAGUCUACUUUUCUCAUUCAUGAAUCAUUGUGUUUUUGUAUCUGAGACUCUCAGCAACCUUUCCUUCUCGUAAAUGACUUUAGUGUUUUGGUUUAGUGUAUCCCACAUAUUUCUAUAGUUAGGUUCACCGGCAAUGAUAGAAAAAUCGAAAUCUCCAAUUGCAAACAGCAGUAGAUUUGAGUAUUGAAACAAAAUCAUGGUAACAUCACUGCUGGGUUUCCUGAAGCCUUUGCAACCUAAUUCCUCAUUACCUCUCACACCUUGCUUCUAGACAAAGGCAGUUGGAGGGUCCUGUCUACCCUAGUAUGGUUGGAAUCUACAUAUGUGCGUUUCCAUUAUUUUGGGAACUGAUUAUUUUUUAAAGAUUUUUUUCUUUUGUUGAUGAGUUAUUUUGAUACUCAUGCUAGGAAAAGUGAGAAAUUAAGACAUCUUGAGAUUGGAAUGCCUAUUUUAUUUUAUUCUCCUUAGUUUGGGAGAAUUUAAGCAGUCUAUGCAACCUAUCAGUUAGUGAGAAAUAGCUUUCCACCAUCCCCCACUGAGCUUUCAACGACUCAUACCUCCCCAAAUGUCUUGGUGUUGAUUGAGUUUUGGAUCUUGAUGGUUUAGGAAGCAUUCUUUUUGCACCAGGCUGUCAUUUAUUUCUUAUUCCUCAGUGGAUGUAAGUUUGAAAGAAGAAUGGUACUGUAAUCUUACUUGAUGGAGUAGUCUAAAUUCAGAAUUGUUUCCUAAGUGGGCGAGCUCUCCGUUUUAAUAUAGCUAAAGUUUUUUAAUAUGAACUUGGCAAUGGAAGGAGAGGGAAAAGAAUGUUUAAUAAAAAUCAGUGUCUGCUCUUUCCCUUUAUGAGUGAGUACUCCUGGUUACAUGAAGAGAAACUCAUGGGUUUUGUGUUGCCAUGCCAGUUGUGGAGAGGGAUGCUUGACAGCAUGUUAAUUGAAGCCAGAGCAAGUAUGUCGCCCAUCAGGUUAUCUGGAAAUGUCCGUGGAAGCAGAGGAGUGACGAGCUGAUGACCACAGUAAAGUCACAUACAAAAUAGAAGUGCUGUCUGGCCUAAGAACUCAAAGAAAACAGUCACUGUAGGUGUAACUUGGGGUUCUGAACUUGAAACUGAGCUGUAUUAUCUUACUUCCCACACAUAAAACUGUCCAUUUUCUUAUCAGACCAAAGAACGAAAAGAAAAAAUAAAAUGAAAAACAAAGUAACACACUUUACCAGUUUAUGUCACUCAGGUACAAUUUUUGUGGUGAGUUUUUUGUUGUUUUGUUUUUUGUCUGAUUUUUGUACUGCUCAGCAUAUUAUUCUGCUGUUGCCUCUGUACUCCGUGGGGCACCUCAGUUUUGGGUGCUACUCCUGGGAUCUCUACUGCUGUUAGGUGAAUGAUGAUAGGAUGUAAGUGACCAUUAUCAUAAGGGCUCUUUGUAAAAAACUUUAAAAACUCAAAAAAAUUUUCAAGAAGGAUAUUGUAUACAUUUUAUAGUCUGGCUCUCAGUUUGAUAUCUUGCUGUCAAGUAUGUUUCUCAAUCUGUAUUUAUCCAUCCCAUCAAUAAACGUUAAUGAUGAAACUC